UAAGUAUAUUAAAGAUGUGUACUGCUUUUUGACCUGGGAUAGCAAGGAUUUAUGCUACUUAAUAUUUACAACAGUUAUAUAUUCCAGAGACUGCAUCUGUCCUGACAUUGUAUCUAUACCUGUGCUAGAUUCCUGAAAUCACACCAGUGAAGCAGGUCCCACCCAAGAAGAUGGACAAGCCAACUAGUGUUCAGGAUUUCUUUGGCACAAGGAAGUACAAUGACAACUCCCCAGAGCAACGUAGCAGAGAGGAGGGGAUAGCGCAGUGGAUAGGCCGCACAGGACUCCCAGCACGAAUUGUCGAAGAUGAGGAGUUCAUCGCCAUGAUGGCAAAAAUGGACAAAAAGUUUAAAGUGCCAAAAAGACAAAUUUUUUUAAACCUGAUUGACCAAAUUUACAAAGAAGAGAAAGAAAAGAUCAAACAAAACCUGGCCACAGCACGCAGAAUAACUACAGGGUUGGAUAUUUGGACUAAAAAGGGGCUUACGGCAUCUUUCCUGGGAGUCAGCGCCUGUUACUUUAACCCUGAGAACAAAAAGGCUGAACACAAACUCCUGAACCUUAAGGAGAUGGUUCACCCUCACACCGCAGUGUCGAUUAGUACACUUGUGGAGGAGUCAAAGGAAGAAUGGGGGAUCCCUAGAGAAAAGGUCCUCACAACUAUUACUGACAAUGGCAGCAAUAUGGUGGCUUCGUUCCACACACACGCAGAAGUUGCCACAACUUCUGAAGAGGACUCAGAGGUGGAGCACGACAAUGCCAAUGAUGAAUAUGAGCAUCAGGAAGGGGAGGAUGGCGGAUAUGACUACGGAGCCAUAGAGAGGACCCCGUGUGUGGUUCACACCAUAAGCUUGUCAUGAAUAUGGUCCAGAAGGAACCCCCAAUCCGAAGGCUGUUGGAGAAAGUAAGGAGCUUGGUGAACAAAUUUAGGAAGUCAUCUGUCGCCACAGAGCGGCUGCUGCAGAAGUGUGCUCUGGUUCUGGUAAAAGACUGUCCCACCAGGUGGUCAAGUUGCUUUGCUAUGAUUUCACGCUGUCUUGAAGUCAAGGAGCACCUCACAGCUGUGGCUGAGUCCAUGGGCUGGGACAGCCUGCAGCCCAGUGAGUGGCAGAAGAUUGGGUUGCUGAGAGACCUUCUUCUGCCAUUUGCAGAGCACACUAAGUCACUUGAAAGUGACACUCAAUCACUUUCCCUUGUUGUGCCAGCACUCCUGGAUCUCUAAAACCACCUGUCAGAGUUCUCGCUUGCACAUGGGCGAACCUACAAAGAUGCAGCUACUCUGGCUCAGAAGAUGCUGUCCAACAUGGAUAGGCGCUUUAGUUUGUUUCUUGACAUAAUGGCUGACAACUUCUCACCACUUCCUGCAGCAGUAUGCUUUGUGGACCCUUGUGUAGCUGAAACCAUUCUGGAAAACGAUGACAACGAAGUACAGAAUCUUGUCAGAAAGGCAGAGGACUACAUUGCUUAUCUUGUGCCACAAAGAGUGCUAGUACGAGAAGAGCAGUUGACCGAUGAUGAGCAAGUCACAAAUGAGGAUACAGAACCUCCAGAGUCAACCCCUGCAAAGCGGCGUAGAUUUAAAUUCUUUAGUGCUAAUCAUCCAUCGAGGCCCAAGACCGCCAAGACAACAAACAUAAGGCAGGAGAUUUUAAAAUAUAAAGAGCACCUGUCCGAGUUCCACCAGACUGCUGCUACCAGUGCUGAGGUUGAGGAAUCCGGCAUCGAGUAUUGGUUAACUCAAUGUUGUUCCACUGUGUUUCCAACACUUAAACCUCUGGCCUUGGACCUCCUGGCGAUGCCAGCCUCUCAGGCAUUUACAGAGAGGGUCUUCGGUGUAACGGGUUACCUCUCUUGUGGCCGCAGAAACAGGGCUAGGACCAUUUUGGAAAGAAGCGCUUUCCUCAAAGUAAACAAGCCUAAGUAGUUAAUGGCUGGCCUAAACAGACAUGCAAGAAGCGUGCAUGCAACAUUUCCAAUAUCCAUGCAAAAACUGCUGCUCCUAAAUAUUUGAUUCUGAUUUGGUUGUAGACUUUUUUUUCGGAACAAAUAUAUUAAGAUAAGUUCAAGCCAACACAGUGUUAACAGAGCUGAAAGCUAAAGGUAUGUAGACUUUUAACCGUUUGAAACAAUGUUGGUUUUAUGGGAAUCAAACAAAUACUCUCUCUGUGCCAGGCAGGCACCAGAGAAAAAAAAUCAGAUGUCAAAAAUAUAGCCAAAGAGUAAUGUUUACAGGACAGUUUGUUGUUGUUGUUGUUGUGACAAACAGUCUUAAAAUAACACAUCCAGGAGGUUACAGUUUAUGUAGACACACACAUUUUAUUAUCAUUUUUAGUAUGUUAAUUAAUUUAAUUUGAUAAUUUGUCGCUUGAGCAUUCAAGCACCUUUUUUCUCUUCAAUGUUUAAAGAGAUUAUUUUUUUCUGGCAUUGCCAUGUAAUGCUAUUUUAUAUAUUUCAUUUAUUGUUUUUAUUUAUUUUAUUUAAAUUUAUGUGUGUGUACUUCUAACAUGUUUGGUUAAAAUAAAUAUGUUGUAAGUUCAAAUCAGAGUGUCUUCCAUGUCUGGAAUGUAUGUAUUCUUGAGUCUAUAAGGUCACAA